CCCGCAGUCGGCGCCAUGGGCCGGACGGGCUACACGUGCGUCCGCCGCACGCUCUGCUGCUACAACCUGCUCUUCUGGAUACUGGGCUGCGGCGUGACCGGCGUGGGCGUGUGGCUGCACGUGGCGUACGGCGGCUACUCGACGCUGCUCCCCACGCACCGGGUGCUGAGCGCCGACGGGCUCUGCCUCAGCGCGGGCGCCAUCACCUUCCUCGUGGCCUUCCUCGGAUGCUGCGGGGCCUGGUUCCAAAGCCGGUGCAUGCUGGCCACGUACUUUGUGCUGGUGAUCCUCAUCUUCCUACUCGAAUUUGCCGCUGGAACUCUGGGCUUCAUCUACCGUCGCCAUAUUGGCCAGUCACUAAUGGAGGAACUGAAGGUGGGGAUCGAGCACAAGUACGACCCGAAUAGCGACAAUGGGCUUGCCGAGCUUUGGGACCAGAUCCACACAAAGUUUGAGUGUUGCGGCGUCCACAGCUACCGCGACUGGCACCGCAUUUCAGCGUGGCCCAACGAAGAGUGGGUGCCCCAGUCGUGCUGCCUGGAGGAGUUCGUGAACGGCACUGUGUGCGCCACUUCCAAGAACCCGCGUCUCAUCCACGAGGGGGGCUGCUACCGCAAGCUGCACCUGUGGAUUAUGAAGCGGCUCUACAUUGUGGGCAUUGUGUGCAUGAGCUUUGCCUUUGUCCAGCUGUUUGGCCUCAUCUCAGCCAUGCUGCUGCUCUGCACAAGUGCUGAGAAGAAGAAAAAGAAAAAAUACAACUCGAGAUACAUCCAGUAUGCAGCAAUGGUCUGAACCAGGCACACGUACACUCUGCAAAAUUGCUUGAGGAGGCAACACCAUAGGAAAAUGGUGUUUCAAGCCACUGCAACUGUUUGUGUUGAGUGAAAAUAAGAAUGCAGGCACGGUGAUCCCAUCGCUGGUCAGCAGUCUGCAUUGUCUUUUCAAGCGAGGAAGUGUCGCAGUCGUGUGUGGUCAGCAGUGACCACUGCCGUCUACUGUCACGGAGGGAGGUGAUUUGAUGGCUGUGUGCCCUUCACGCAGCAGAACUCUCAUUUUGUUGCAAAACUCGUAUCAGUUCGGGUUUCAGUGGUCCAUAUCCCCGGGUGGUACAGACGUCGCUCGGUUGUGGUGCCUGCCUUCUGUCGACGAUGUGCACUCAUUGUCGACUGUGAUGCAUCUGUGCGCAUAAUAAUUGAAGACGUUUCAUGUGCGGCCAUCACAGGGCCGCCUGCGACUUUUGUUUUGGGGUAGUUGUUGUUAAGGGGCUUGGUACCGCAUUUAUACUUGCCAAGGUAACUAUGUUUGUGUCAGCUGGGAGGGAGCUUUUUGUUGCUUUUUUUUUUGCAUCGUGUUCGCCUGACAGUGAGGCAAUUUGGACUGCUUUGUCUAGGCAAAUGCCGUCAGUGUGAAACUUUCCUGCGCACAAGUUAAUGUCAGCUGUCCGAGCUGGCGAGCACAGUGUAUUUUGCAAAAAAGCACUAAGAAUGUUUUCUAGUGGUGGUCGGUGAGUACUGCAGGAAAACAGGGCAUGUAGGCACAUCUCCGGCUGUUGUGUUACACCCUUAAAGUGUGAAUAGUGCCUAGGUCGCUCUGCUUGUAUUGUACCAUUCUGAUUGUGCAAAAUGCACCGUCUUUAUGCUAAGGACUGGGCCACAUAACAUCUUUCUCUUUUUUUUUCUUUUUUCAUGUGGGCAUUUGUUGGUGGUGGUUGUCUUGUCUUGGUUCAUGAAUGCAUUGAGAGAAUUACCAUCCCUCUCUUUCUGUGUGACUGUUUUUUUUUUUUGGCACAGUCAAACCUCAUCUUAGUGAACGUUUGAUGCAGAGAUGCGUUCAAGUCACAUCUGACUCGAAAAUACCUUUAUUAUAUUUUGUAUUCGUUAAAAGCGUAUACAGUCAAACGCCUCUAUAAUGAAGUGCUUGGGACCGCCAAAAUUCCUCGUUUACAGGUCACUUCGUUGUAAUGAUUGUGCACUGUACUGCUCACAAUAGAUCCGUCUAAAUACAUUCAACAAGAGAAAACCUUUAUUCAACACGAAUUCAAGAGAGACUUAGUGAAAUAUGUCGCUACUUUUGCGCACACUUUGUCUGGCAAAAUGUGCGACUGCAGCCAACCUCAUUGCAUUGAGGCACACGGCAUGCUUCGCGGCAAAAUGCGGAAACGACGCCAGGCAAAACUGUAGAUUGUCAAAUGAAGCUAUUGCCUUCAUUGUCGUUGAAAUUCUUCGUCUGUUUAGAGGCUGUUCAUCCCUGUUGCCUUUGUUGACAUUCACUUCCUAACCGCCCCAGAAGGCUUUGAAGACUUCGUCGGUCGUCAAUUGCGAUAACACCGUGACGUUGUCAUCAACUGCGAAGUAUUCGUGAACUGUCGCACCCACUGAUGUGUCACAGCAGGCAGCAUACUAGUUGGGCAAUUCGGGAGCAGGACAGCAGGACUGUAACACUCGCCGACAUUGGCACACUCGAUCAUCAAGUGCGUCGCUAGUGCUGCAGUUAUCGCUAAUACAGACUGCAGAUAAGUGGCGUCUGCAGAGGGCAGAGAAUGGGUCACUUGUUAUAAAGCAACAAAUCAGCCGUCGAGGCACCUGGAUUUCUUCAGGAAAAUUCGUUGUAGUGGUCUUCGUUGUAGAGAUGUUCACAGUGCACAUGAAAGAGAAAUUUGGCCGGGACAUAAUCAUUCCUUCGUUAUACUGGUCAUUUUGAUGUGGAAGUGUUCGUUGUAUAGAGACGUUCGACUGUAUUUGUUACGUGCCGAUACUGGCAAGAAAAUGUUUAGAUUUAGUUGGUUGUAUUCGUGUUUGUUAUAGUAGCAGUCUACAACCUCUUUAUGACGAAGUCGCAUCGGACACAAAAAACUUUCAUUACGUAGGCAUUCAUUGCAAACAUAUAUUUGCGACAUACUGAUAACGGCAACAAAUUUUGUUAGAUUUACUUCGUUAUAUCCAAUAAUUCUUUAUAUCCGUGUUCAUUAUAUCGAGAUUUGAUUGUAUAGGAUGACUGCAAGGUUCUGCAACUUGCAGAUCAAUGAUUAUGGGGACUGUUGGCAUUUCCUGUCAAAGAGCAUGUUUCACGUGAAGCAGUAGCUUCUGUGUGGUAAGUUCACUACAAGCUUUGGAGGCAGUAAUGGACAAGGCAAGCUCUAAUGUUGAAGUUGAGAUAGAAUGCUUCUUUUGUAUAACAUUUAUUGUGACAAAGCUCACUUAGCAAGUAAUGUAACAGUACUGUAUACACUCGUGUAAGAACCGCACCCCCAACUUGGCAGCUUAACAUCUGACAAAGAAAAAGGUAAACAAAAAGGCGUAGUUGUUGCUUGUCACCUUUGAUUUUGAGCGUGUGGUCUGUGAUGCCUUCAGACAAUGUUGUAAGAACCUUUGAAGCUCAGACAUAUCUGAUGCCAUAAAUGGCAUGAAAGACAACUAUAUCCUCGAUGUGUGCUGCCGAAUCGAGCCUGAGCAGUGACGACAAUGACAGUGGCUAAGUGCUAGAUUGGCACGUGCCCAGGGACUGAUGUGCAUGCACGAACAAAUAAUACAUUAUGAAAGCAACAGUGUUUGCUCUUUUGCUCUACAGGGAUAACGUGGAUUACACACAGCCGUAAAAAUUUAACCGAAAUGGCCCACCCCUGUGUUUAGGGCUGCGCUGCCUCAAGAUUGUGAAAAAAAAAAAGUGCAGCCCUUACACGAGUGUAUACAGUAGUUGGAGGAUCAUGAGAGAACAUAAGUUUUGUGGUCAGUAUUAUGGGAUGCCUUUAAAUUCGUGGGAAAAUCUUGCGCAACAUAGUGCAGACUUCCUUGCCAUUUGGAAAUAGUCUACCAUGCCAUUGUUUCAUUCUGUAUGUUGCUGAGGUGGUCUCGUGUGGUACUAUCAUCAGUGAACAGUGUUCUUGUCUCAUGUUUGAGGUAUCCUUUACGAUAUUUUUUCUUCCUUUUCAUGGACCAGGGUGAUGGUACCACUGUAUUCUGUGUGCCCAUAAUGCCCAUAAGUUUAGCAAGUGUUUAACUAUUUGACUGGUAGCCACUUAUUGGUGAGUGUCGUUAGCGGCCUCUGGUAUUGCUUCACAGCUACAUGAGAGCAAUGCAACCAGCUUGCUAUCUACACAGGAGUACAAGUCUAGGAUCUUUUUCCUUUUUUUUUUUAGAAUGACCAAGUGACAUUGUGCUUUUUCGUGUGGAGGCUCUUUUUUUUUUUCACUCUCUAUUUGCACCUACACUUUGUACGAAGGGAACAAUGUUAUCAAGUGCCGCAUUUUGCAGCUAGGUGCAUGCUCGUGCAGCUUUUUACACAUUCCAUGUUUUUCGUUUGCAGCCUCGUCGUGUUUUGCUUCAGAUUCUCGCACAACGUUUUGCUAUGCCGCGAGGCGUUUUCUCGCGCUUAGUCCUUCGUUCUUUAAUGUUUUUUAUAAGGUGAGCAGGAGCAUUCCUCUCACAAAAAUAUCCACGCUAGUCUCGUGCGAACAAAGGGUGAGACACAUUCCAUUUGUGCACAAAUGAAAAAAAAAAAAAAAGUUACGAGAAAAACUCUAAUAACGCCCGCAUGCAAAGCUCACGUAGUUCCUGUCGCUGGAACUCCUCUUGUGCCUCACUUCCUUUCUUGAACACCUGGCUGUGGCUGGUCAAUGUCGUGGCCCUUAAUCAGGAAGCUGAAGGGGGUUUAAUAACUCUUCAAAAUGGUUCAGUACGUUGUACCACUUUGUUUGCAGGUAGUGAAAUCUGUCUUCUCAUUUCAACUACAUACUUUCACUCUUGAGCACUUUCUGCAUCUGUGCUCACACUGUCCCGGACAAGCCCACAUGGAAGAGCAAGUAGCACUGCAGAGUUACUCCAGUAGGGGCAAUGCUUUGCAAAACCUGGGCUUGCGUACCAUUGCGUGGACACUGAUAUUGGCAUUUCUGCUCCUAAAACACCAGAAAAGGCAUCUGGUUCGAACCGGCAUAUACCGUAUAUACUCAUGUGAUGGCCCCACGCGUGUAAUGGCCGCACCCAGAACUUUGUAAAAAAAAAUCUUCACAAAAAUGUUUAAAAAUUGCCCAUGUAUAAGCCACACCCCAUUUUUGAGCAGGUUGGCAGUGUUAUCUGUUGUGUGGUGCGAGAAUUCCAAAGUGUUUAUUUUUUUUUAAUGGGUGGCAAAACAAGGCAGCUGUGCCGAGUUUUUGGCGCCUCCAUUUAAACAAAAGCACAGCCUCCAAGAUUUGGUUUCUGCCUCCAAGACAAUGUCGUCGCUGAUCCGUAGGGCUUCACCAUUUAUUCUAGCCGGCAGUUGACGCGCUACAGCAAUAGCCAAGAAUAGCCAGAGCCAGUACAAGCGAGUACUGUAGUUCAAUAAAGGCAAGUACCAUUGAAAAGAUUUGCGAAAAAAAAAAUGCCGCGUUUUCUCCGUGUAAUGGCCGCACUCCCGAUUUUCACCCCAAAUCUCAGAAAAAAAACUGCGGCCAUUACACGAGUGUAUAUGGUAGUAUCAGCCUUUUCAAGAUUGGUAUACUUUCCCACUGUAGAGGGAUCACUGCAUGUAUAAGUAACUGCAAACUUUUCACAGGACCCUUCAGCUUCCUGUUAAGUGUAUUGAGUAGGUGUGGACGCAAAUGCCUACAGCCUCACAAGGUUUGCUUCUUUUUUUUGUCUGAGAGGUCGUGAGGGUAGCCUCUGCUUGGACGGUGGUCGUGGUGAAAACAGCUACGAUCACCCAUCUUCCUGUCUCGUUUGUAGGUUUCUUGGAUGGGCACAAAUGUACAGGUUGUGCUCAAUCGUUGCAGUCUAACAUGCUGCGCUACAUCUGCGCGCUCUAAGUGUCUGUAUGAAUUGCCUUGCAACAAAAUCUACAGCGAGAGAGCGUCGUCGUCAGCAAGUUCCUUCAAAGUGAAAUGAAUACCUGCAUCUUCGUGGCAAGACCGAACAUUUUGUAUUCACUUCCUGUGCCACAAUGUCGUGUGCAAUUUGCACCGGAGAUUUCAUCCCCGCAGUUAUCCUAUUGCCUAUGGACUUGGAGUUAGGCAAGCGGCGAAGGGAGUUAUUUUUUGGCAACACUCUAGGCAACAAGUGUGUUGGUGUCAGGCCUGACUUGCAACUGAGUUUGUGCAGCGUGAAUGGACAGGAUAUAAACAAACACAAAUGACGUAAACGGGGACGUCUUUUGCAACUAACUUUCAAGAAUAGGCCCUCUUUCUUCUAGGGGAGGCUGCCAUGAGAUAAGGCACCAUUUUGGCCUUGCUGUGAGAAGACUCUUCUUGUAACGCUUGACUAGCACUGUGAAAAAGUGGCAUCUUCUAGCACUGCCAUUCUUUUUCACAGCAUUGCCUAAGGUUGGGCGUAGUAGGAACCACUUGUACCUCGCAUCUUGAUGUAUUUUACUAUGCUGGCGUAGUAAUAACCGACGAAACUGAUGACAGCGCACAGUGUCUGAUGACCAUAGCUAGAAGUAUCAAUGUUAUUUGUGGACACUAUCCCAUUCAGUCACUGUGACCACUGCCUCAACACAAAACACAUAUAGCAACACUAUAUAUUUACUGUUGAACGAGCACACUGAUGUGUUGUCCUUUUAUUUAUGGGGACACGUACUGCCGUACAUGGAUGCAUAUCUAUAUUUAUCAUUUUUCAUUGCAUGCAAACCAUAGUGAGACGUAUGGUUCCUGCAGUGGAAUCCAGGCCUACUGCUGUGUUGUAUGUUGUCUGUCCGAUGAAAGUGGCUCAAAAGAAGGAAUUGCUUGUAAGCUUUCUGGCACUUCGAAGUGAUGUGAUGCUGGGGGUCUGCAGUGUGCAUAUCUUGCCUUGUGACAUCAUCAUUUCUUUUUCUUGUGACAUGUGCACAGCUCUUUUCUGGUCAAGCUCUUUUUUCUUCUUUUUAUUUUUCUUUCCUCUUUUUCUUUCUUUGCGGGUGGGGGGGGGGGGGGAGUGGUAAAGUGUUCUAUGAUUGCCGCUACGUUUGGACAAGAAUCCCUCCACAAUGGGGUCAGCUUGCCACGCCUUCUUCAUCGAGGUGUCAUUGUGUAUGAAAUGUGCCUCAAAAAUUCUGUCCUUUCUUUGAUGCCUUCCACGUGCUAGGUUUUAAUGGUACAGUGUUUCCAGAUCAGAUAACUUCACUGUGGUCUUGGGAAGACAGGCCCUUUCUUUGCCAAUAGUUUGUCAAAUUUUUCUUGUGUGGUCUCGUUAGCCUUGAAUGUUGGAGGCCCAUGACAUUUCGAUGGUGUUUGAUGUGAUGUGCGUGUACUUUUGAAUGUCAGCUGUUCAUGGUGUCUACCUAAACUGCAAGGCCAGGUUAAGGUACGAAGGAGUGACUGCUUCAUUUUUCUGAUCGCCAUCUUGAGGGCUGUGUACAACCCUGUUGUCACCAGAGGGGCAACAGGCUGCAGAGCAGGCCAUUUACACGUGAAACUAUUGGAACACCUUUCCCUCUCUUUGUGAACUGUGAAUUCUGCAUAUUUAUAUUGUGUGUGUGUGUGUGUGUGCACGUUUUCUUUUCUACACGAUGCAGCUGUAAAACGCACAUGGCUGAUUUUGGCUGCAGUCAUUGCAUUUUCUUACAUGUUUCGGCCUUUUAUUUUUGUGGCAUGUGUAGUGCAGCUAGCGCAUAUUGCAAGUCAUGUCUGCACAGCAAGCUUAGUGCACAUCAUGCUUUUUCACUUGUUAUACAACUGAUAUGUCGUGCCCCGAGUGAGAAGAUGCAGCACGGAAGAAAACAGCGUUUUGGUGCAUGUCAAACCUGCGCAAAUCUGCAGCGUGCGUCCAGUCAUGUUUGUCAGUCGUCUAGGACUCCCGCAAGAUUUCAAGUCUUGGAACCGGCAUCUUGAAUAUGCAUCGUCCCACUUUGUCUCUGCAGCUGCCUUUUUCUGCACUCUUCAACUUCUGCCGCGACGUGCAUGGUUGAGCAGAUAUACCUAAACUCAGUUCCAGUGAUGCCAGAAUUUGAACGCUUUGUGUCUGGCCGCCUGUCACUGCCGAGAGUUGCCUUUUCUACGUUUCUUUUCCCCGAUUCUUCGUCUGUCAUCUUUCUCGACUCUUCACUGCUGAUGUGACAGCCAAUGUGUCACCAUGCUCCUGCUGUGAGGAGAAGCCACUUCCAUAGUGAAAACACUGCCAGCACUGCUGGAGUUGCAACUUUCCCGCUUCUGUACCAAAUGUUGCUUAAAUACGAGCACCAUAUAUACAUGAACCUUCUGGCCAGGUCAGCAGCUCGUUCACACUCAAAUUUUGCCCGGACUUGGCCUUUCACAGCGCACGCAAUUUAGCACAAUGUUUGGGUGCAAUAGUGACUUCGUUUUAUUCAGCAGUACCAGGUAGACAUCACCUGCAGUGAUGACAAACAAACAAUAAUUUGGAAUUUGCAGAAAUAGAACAGUGGCGUCAUUUCUCACUGUAUUGGCACAACACUACAUGUACUAUGUUUUGUUCUAGAAGUGACAGACUUUGCCAGUUUGUUGCACUGAAAUCAGCACUUGUCCUGCAUCACUGCACAUAAUAUACGCACUCCUGCUUUGCUAUGAAUGAAACACAUGGUUAUUUCACCCAAACAUGAUGCUAAGUGUCAUGUACACUAAAAUGCAAUAAACGGUUGGGUGCAGGCUAGCUGGUUCUUCAGCAUGGAUGCCAAGUUACACAACAUAGUUAUAUGAAGCACACAAGAAGAAAACAUGAAUUACGCAGUACAAUUGGCAUUGGUGUCUAAAAUGCAAUCUCUGUGUGAAAGUUGAGUGCAAAGGAAGCCUGCGAUUUAGCCGAAACAGUCAUGUAUACCUGGCACUCUUAUUAUUGGAACGCUCAGUAUAACUUGAGUGAAGGUUUGCGCGUACUAUUGGCUACAAACAAGGGUUGACAGCCCCACAAUGCUCAAGAUUUCCUUCAAAUUUCUUAACGCUCAAAUGUGUUCCUGCACCAGCUAUUUUCUUCUGACCUAAGGAAUAACAUGAAGUUAUUUGCAUUGUGUUAGUGUUGUGCUGUGGAGAAAGAAACAAAGUAAUUUUUCCUAAAUAAGAAUUCUCUCACUUGUCAAAACUUUGUGGAUCAUGCUAGAUUGACGAUUCGACUGAAGAGCAUACCAAUGCCUCCAUUAGGUUGCUCUGCUCACUGCCUGUUUGUCAGUCUGGUGAGAAGUGCAGGACUGCUUGUCUAUGUGACAGUGUCUUAAAUAGGAGUUUGAACUUCAUUUCGCUCCUCACCACUCUGGAAUUAAAAUGUGAUUGUGUGCCAGAUAAGUUUUUGUCAGUGAGAGAAAAUAGCUCACCUGUCAGUGCCUGAGUCACUUGUGGCUCUGCAUGAUAGAAUUUAUGCCAGAGGCAGUAUAUUGUCAGAUUUGUCCUUACACUUGUCGCCUUGUUUUGAUUAAACAAGAUGAAAUUCAGGUUUAUUGGCUUCUAAAGUAUCAGUGUGCUUACUAUGCUCAUUGCACCUGUGUGGCAAAACUGCCAACAGCAUGCUUCUGGGGCACGUUUGCACUUGUUUGGUACCCAUGGUGUAUUGAAUUGGUCGUUCAUCAAUGUGCCGCCAGGCGUGUCAGAGCAUGUGUUUUUAGUGGGAACAUGUUAGUCUAUAGCUGGUAACAUUUAGAGGUCUGUACAUCAGGGCACUGAGAAUCAUAAUGCACAGAUGCAGGGAUGACUUUUGACGACACGUCUGCUACACUGCCAGCGCAUACUUGCAUUGCGCAUGGCACAAUUUCUGCUGCUGUACCACUCAAUGGGUGCCACUUAGUACGUCAUUUCCAAUUUUCCAGUUGUGUUCCAGCCUGCUACGUUCUCUCGGAAGGAAUUUACGUCUGUCUGUGCAGAUUUUCUGUCAGACAUACAGUGUGUGGUAUCCGGAAGGCAAGUCUAAAAGCUCACCUUGCCAUAGCGCAGGUGUUUCAUCUGAUAUAGCAGAUAAUGCUCCAUCUCUGCAUGUGCAUUCUUGAUUUUCUAAAUGCUCAGUACCUCACAGAGUAGCGGGUACACAUGCCUGCAGCUACCUUGAACUACCCUGCACUCGACAUCAAAGGGGCUGGCUGUAUUUGCUUAUUGAACGCCGACACUAAUGCUUUCCAAAAUGAAAAUGCGCUCUGUGUUCUCAAUUGACAUUUGCUGGCGUGUGCUGGACAGGGCUGUGGACAGUCACUGCUACAAAUUAGUGUUGAGUGCACAGUGUGUUAAACUUUUAAAGGAAACACCAAACUGAGAAUUAAGGCAAUACAACUGCAGCAUUUCUUCAGUUUUGUAUGGAUAAAGUGAUGAUGCGUAAAGCAGGCUUCGAUACGUAAAAAAAUGUGGUCUGCAGGCUUUCGUGCCAUGUCUGAUUGGUAAUCGACGGCAGAAUGCUAAUCCAGGCGUUUCCUUUGAGAGUGGACCAUACUGUACAUAGUAUGUGGCCAAGCCAGUAUUUUCUCCUUUGUGACAUUGUGUUAACCAGCAACCCUAAUGUUUAGUGAACUGCCUUGUCAUCUGGCCAUGUAAGUCUCAUCUGCUGUGCACAGAACUCGAACUAGAUAGGUGAUAGAUAGUGGCAGCCGUAAUGCACACAACGACAUCUUGUGCAGAUCCUUGUUCAAGUUGUGGUGUUUCUUUGACUGACAGAAAACAAUUCAAAGUGUAUACACCUUUCUGGACCACUUGCAUGUUUUGCAUAUGCUCUGCACAAAGUGUAUAAUUCACAUGUUGACCUUGUCUUAGUAGUGAAUGUUGGUAGAGUACUUGCAUGUUUUACUAUGCAUUGAGUACAAGCCUAGUACCCAUGUUGAGCUCAAAUUGCACAUUAAGUGUGCAUUUUCCUCAGUUAAAGCCGGUGUGGGAAAACUCGUUCACAUGCAGUAAGGAAUGCACUGAGAAAAGAGUAAAUAGUGAAAUGUGAUUGAUGUGUCUAGGAUCUUUACAGUUACAUUUUCCCACUGCAUAUAAACUCCCUGGUGGCCAUUGGCAGAGGGAUCACACAAUACCUUGACUGCCUUUUCUGUUAACUCAUUGCAGACAUCCUGUUUCAUACUUUCUGUUGUUUUUUUUUUUUUCUCAAUUGAACAUUCCAAAGUGAACGGUGACAGAGCUUGAGUUUUUUUUUUUUUUGUGGUUUUCAUUAUGUUUUGCCUUUGUAUGCCUUUGAAGCAUCUUGCUGUGGGUGAAUAGGUGACAGAGCUUUGUAAAUCUUUGAGAGACCAUUCACAAGGAGGAGAAACGUAUUUUUGAUACCGCUCUCGAAGGGUGUCGGAAUAUUGUUGAAAGCAGCGUAUGCAACUAUGAGUCUAGCUCACUUUUUUUUAAUACUAUAUAUAUAUUUUUUGCAUGUGUCAUUUCCAACAAAUAUCAGGCUAUGCAGAAAAAGAGAAGAUGCUUGGCACGUGUUCCUGAGACGUAUCUUUGUUUUCUAUUAUGUUUUUGAUGUAAAUCAAAAGUACAAUGGGCUGGAAAUAGAUGGCGCUGGAAGAGUAUGACACUGGAUUGCACAUUAGUGUAUAAGAUUUUUUUCUAUUAUUAUGGCAGGGGCGCAGGAAUGCCAUGUCUCAUGUGCGUAUAUAGUAUAUGCGUUCACAUCCUGUGAGCAAUUGCAGGCAUAUCCCAAUGAUGAAUACCCCGUGCAAAGUUGUCAAGUACAAAUUGCUCUCUCUCCUUCUUCGUAUGAAUAUAAUAGAUAUAUACAUAUAUAUGAAGAUUAUAUAUAUAUAUAUAUAUAUACACACAUAAAUGCAUAUCUAUAUGGUUGUUGAAGUGAGAUAGAAAAUGAAAUUGUCACUAACUGUGCAUGUGUUCGCUAUAAAUGUAUAUAUAUAGAUAUAUAUAGAAUGUCAGGCUGUAUUCUAGGAAAUGGCAAGGGCUAAAUAAAUACUGUCUGUAGA